CACAAUUCCUCCUCCACAGAUACACUUUCUAAUCCAUAUCGAUUGAUAUAUGUUUAUCUAUCUAUGUACGACGACGAGGAAGAACCCCUUUGAUCGCCAAGACGAUUUGAUUCGAAAGAGAAAAAUAGCCCCUUUCUAUCGCUGUGUGUGUUUUCGGAGCAAAUGUUAUGCAACCCAGGAUCAACCCACAUGAUCUUACCCGUCUCAUCUGGUUUGGAUUUGGUAUUUUCCAUACUUGUAUUGAAGCGACAUUGAACUAAAUCCCAUGGCGACAUUGGAGGUGAAGCUUAUACAAGCACACGCUCUGACUAAUAAAGAUCUUAUUGGGAAAUCUGAUCCAUUUGCCAAGAUGUAUAUAGGCCCUGAGCGUGGUAAAACACAAUCCAGCAAAGUUAUUGACAAUGAUUUGAAUCCCAUUUGGAAUGAACAUUUCGAGUUUGUAGUUGAAGAUACUUCCACCCAACACUUGGCAGUAGAAAUAUAUGAUGAUGAUGGGCUUCAAGCUUCAGAAUUCAUUGGUUGUGCUCAAGUAAAGCUCAGUGAACUCGAGCCUGGUCAAGUGAAGGAUGUGUGGUUAAAGUUGGUAGAAAAUUUGGAGGACCCUAAAGAAAAUGAAGACCAAGGGAUGGUGCGAUUGGAGAUAUUAUAUUGCCCAAAUGGUGUGAGAGCAAUGUUUCUUAAAGAUGGUGAACAUAGUGAGGUAGUCGAGAAGAAAAAAAGAUUGCUUAUAAGAGGAGUGUUAUCCGUGACAGUAAUAUCUGCUGAAGACUUACCACCUGCAGAUUUAUCGGGGAAAGCCGAUCCUUUUGUGGUACUCACUAUGAGGAAAACCCUAACCAAGCACAAGACCACUGUCGUAUAUCAAAAUUUGAAUCCAAGUUGGGGUGAGACUUUUGACUUUGUUGUUGAGGAUGGUUUACGCGAUAUGCUUAUUGCCAACAUAUGGGACCAUGACACAUUUGGGAAGGACUUCAUGGGCAGAUGUAUUUUGACACUAACAAGAGUUUUACUAGAAGGAGAAUACAAAGACAGUUUUCAAGUUGAGAAUGCCAAAUCUGGAAAACUUGACUUAAAUCUCAAAUGGUCAGCCCAGCCAAUAAAUCGCAAAUCUUAGCGAUUUUACAUUUGUCGAAUUGCUUGACUAUCAAAACUUAUAUUCAAUAAGUCAUCGGGGUACUGAAUGUUAUAAAAUAUUUAUGUGAAUACUGUUCAAUAGAUUUACUGCAAAAUUACGUCAGGU